AGGCCCCGAGAAGGCCACGAGUAGUGUUGCCGCCUGACGAGGGCUGUUUUUGUCGCCCAGAGGCUGAGGGAUAUAAAACGUCCGCGCGGCGCUCAGGAAACCAAAGGAGCCUUGAAGAAACCGUACGUGGAACAGCAGGAUACAGCGUCUCUUGAGUGUCCCCUGAGGCAUUCUUCACCCCUUGGCAGUCGUGGGCGUUGCAGGUCACCGAGACACAGCCUUGGACCUAGCUUCCCAACUCUGGCUUUCAUUUCUCUCAUACAACCAUCCAUGGUCCAUAAAUUCAGCACCAUGUCAGAUGAUGGGAGAGGUCAGACCCCAAGACAACCUAGGAAUCUGCAAGGACUCCUGAAUUUUUGUACAGAAAUAACAGCAAGAGAAGACACAACACAGCCAACGAGUAUCCAGCAUUUAGAUCCCGAGCGACGCAGAUUUUUGGAGGAAGCUUUGAACUCACUCACCGUUAAUGUUGCCAAACAGCUGGCAGAGAGUGUCAAGAGCUUAUGUUGUGAGGCGGUAACAAUGGGGGGUGAGGACGUGACGGAACAAGAGGAAGCCAUAGCUAUGAUAGAGGAACACGCGGAUGACAUGAACUAUGCUAUUGACUUGUACAAGAUGGGAGCCUUCCCGGUGUUUGUGCGGUGCCUUGACUCCCCCCACUCCUCGCUGCGGGUGGGGGCUGCAGGGCUAAUUGGGGAUGUCUGUCAGAACAACCUGCAGUGCCAGCAAAGCAUGAUAACAUUAAAUGUUGUGCCACAGUUGCUCCACAUGGUUGAUGGAGAUGAGGAUAUUAAUGUGAGAGUAAAGGCUCUUUAUGCUCUGUCAUGCCUCAUACGUGACUUCCCAGACGGAGAGAAAGAGUUCAUGAAAGCUGAAGGUUUUUCUUAUCUGAUGCGAGCAAUGCAGUCUGGGGUGGAGAAACUUGUGGUCAAGUCUGCAUUUCUUCUCAGCAGACUUAUUCAAGGAAACGAUUCAUAUAAAGCCGAGUUGUUAUCCAUGGGGUAUGUGGAGCAGUUAUUCACCAUCCUCAGUAAUGAAGAAACGGACAACAUUUCACGGGAGCAUUGCACAGCAGCUCUGCUUAGCCUUGCGUCAUCCUAUCCCCCGGCCCUGGCUGAGUGCAUGAGGCCAGAAUUACACCUGAAUCAUCUCCUUACAACAAGGCUUAAGGAAAUCAAAGCCAAGCAAGAAUUACAAGAGGAGGAAGGCUACAUCAGCGAGCUUCUGAAGCUGAUGGAGAGACCCGAGGCUGAUGGGGAGGAGAACUCAUGCAGAUAAUUCUACUCACUUCCUCAUUAGCAUUUUAUGACCACUGCAUUAAUUUAUUAAAUUAUUGUUCUCCUAAAGGCAAUAGCACUAUAAAUCUAAUCACUACAGCAGUUCACUCCUUAAACAUUUGCAAAUGUAACAGUCUCACUCCAUGGAGAUAAUAAAUUUCCAUAAUGUUAAAUGUACAAAAUUUAUAGAUAUUUAAGUUUAACUUAAUAAAGAAUAUAUUUUAGUA